CCGAAAUGUACGGAUGGUAAACCGUUCAUAAAUCAAAGGGUCCAGUGUACUAUCCUGCAUGUUAUGGUGCUGUUCAUGAGGAAAAAAAAAUCAGAAAUGGACUAUGCUGCAUUUUUUCUGAUCACAGGAAUCUUCUGCGUCUGUUCUUCUCUGGCACGGGAGUUCCACUAUAUACCAUACUACAGGACCUGGCCAAUUGCUCAAAAGUACUGCAGGGCAAGAUUUAGCGACAUGGCUACUAUAGAGAGCUUGCAGGAAGUAAACAGUACGCUUCAAAGUGUAACAUCUGUAGAUCCAGGAUACAAAGAUGAUGUGUGGAUUGGACUUAAAAGGAGCUGGGGCUGGCACACAGCAGAUCCUCUUUUUACCAGUACUGGGUGGGGUUUGACUGAACCAAAUUAUGGAACUACUGGUUUAGCUUGUGGAACUGUAACACCACAAGGAUGGAGUGAUCAGUCGUGUUCAAUUAACAUUUUCUUUUUCUGCUAUGACAAAUCAAAAACUGGCAAUGGCAGAUUCACCAUGAUACAGGCUUAUAAAAAUUGGUUUGGUGCUCUUGCACACUGCAGACAAUACUACACAGAUCUCGCAAUUAUAAACAACACUCAGGAUCAACAGUUUCUUACUUCAUUCGGUGGUCUUAGCUGGAUUGGUCUGAUCCCUGUACAAUGGUCUGAUAAGACAAUCUCACAAUACCGCUAUUGGAAAGCAGGUCAACUGGAGUACACUAAUGUCAACAACUGUGUUGCAAUGGAUAUGGCUGAUACUGGAAAAUGGAACAGCACAGAUUGUGAGCUCCUAAAACCAUUCGUUUGCUAUGGAGCUGUGGACAAGAUGAGAGUCAACAAGAUAGUAAGAGUGGUACUGACAUCUGAUGGAGUGACAAAUCUAAACGACCCAUCAGUUCAAGCAGCAAUCUUGAGUAAAAUUGAAGGAAAAGUGAAAGAGCGAGUAAUGAACCAAAAUGUCACAGUGUGGUGGAAAGUGAAGAACGAUGGAAGUGUCUUCAAGAAGAUUAUAAAAACUUGACAUAAAAAGUGCUCAUGGGUUUCAGUCCCAAAUCUACACUUUAUUACCAAACUUUUUCUUUAGAAGGUUUUUCUUAUUUACUACAAUUUUAGUGAAAGUACCUACAAUACUGAGCUGUAAAGCUCCUGUCUCUAUCUCACACCAACACUUCGAACUAUCAGUUUGAUCAGUAGUGAUAAUUGUUUCACUUCAAAAGUUCAUCCUUUAGCUAAGCAGAAAAAGCCCAAGGACAGACAUGAAAUGGGUAACCAUUUAGAAUAAAUAUAGAUUAAAAUAUUCAGUUUAUUUAGUAGCUCAAGUCAGAUCUACAGUAACUGCUCAUAAACUAAAACUAGUUACAUUCAUUGCCAGUUAAUAGAUAACAGAUAACUGCCAAUGUGUAGAUAACAGUGCCAGUGCCAGUAGACUUUUUAUCACUAUAUUUUAACUGAGAUGUUUUGCUAAAAUGUUCUUUCUUUUUUUAAAUGUCAAACUAUAUGUGGUAGAAUUGUUAGAACUGUAUCUUAUUUAACUGCAUAUGAAUUGUGUAUAUUAUAAAAUAUACAUGGUAGGUGUAUAAUAAAAACUAGCAAACUACAAGAGCUAAUUCAGUAAUAACAUUAAUAACCAUAAGCUUAAAAAUAGCAUUUUCUGCUAAUGUCUAAAUAAAUACAGAUGGAUAGGUGUAAGAUAUAAACUGUAAUAGACUGCAAAAGAGCUGUCAUACUUUUGCUUGGUGUUUAUUUUAUGAAAUACACUUGUCUUAAUAAAUAAUAA